AUGCAGAAGCACAGUCAGAAGGAGCACCUCUACAAGCUGCUGGUGAUCGGGGACCUGGGAGUGGGCAAAACCAGCAUCAUCAAACGUUAUGUCCACCAGAACUUCUCCCCCCACUACCGGGCCACCAUCGGGGUGGACUUUGCCUUGAAGGUGCUGAGCUGGGAUGCUGAGACUGUGGUACGGCUGCAGCUCUGGGAUAUUGCGGGUCAGGAAAGAUUUGGAAACAUGACCAGGGUAUAUUACAGAGAGGCCAUGGGGGCAUUUAUUGUCUUUGAUGUUACAAGACCUGCAACAUUUGAAGCAGUGACAAAAUGGAAAGAGGAUUUGGACUCCAAGUUGGUUCUUCCAAAUGGCAAACCUGUGCCUACAGUCCUCUUAGCAAACAAAUGCGACCAGGGAAUAGAUGUUCUUAUGAACAACGGCAUCAAGAUGGAUCAGUUCUGCAAAGAGAAUGGUUUCGUGGGCUGGUUUGAAACAUCAGCCAAGGAAAAUAUAAACAUCAAUGAAGCUUCCAGAUGCUUGGUGAAACACAUAAUUGCUAGUGAGAGUGAUCCAGUUCAGUCUGUUGAACCAGAUAUUGUAAAACCACACUUGAAUUCCUCCAAGUUUGUCAGUUGUUCAGGUUGCUUUAAAUCCUAA